GUCCCGGGAAAGCCAAGAUGCUUCGAGGGCCCCUGAAGAAGGAGGACGAGAGGAAACAGUGCAGGCAUUGUCCAGACAGGACACCAUGCAUCUCCUUGGGCCCUUGCUCCUGCUCUUAGAGUACUUGGCUUUCUCUGACUCAAAUUCGUGGAAGGUUGAGCACCCCAACACUCUCUACACCUGGAAGGGGGCCUGCCUCUGGAUUCCCUGCAGCUUCACGAUCCCAAGAAUCAAAAAGUCCCUGGAUAACCUUACCCUGUACCACAAUUACGAGUAUGACAACAUCACCAAGAACUUUAGGGGGACCAUCCUCUAUGACCACCCCAAGGCUGGUGGAGGAAGGGUGCAGUAUGUGGGUGACAGCAAGCGGAACACGGGCACCACCUACAAGCAGAACUGCAGCCUGAGCAUCAACCCAGUGAAGGAAGGCAGUGGCUGGCUGGGGCUGCGGAUGACGUCGGGGACUGACAAGUGGAUGGAGAAGAUGAACCUCAAUGUCUCUGAAAUGCCUCUUUCACCGCACAUUCAGCUCCCUCCGGAAAUCCAGGAGUCCGAGAAAGUCACUCUGACCUGCUCACUGAAUUUUGCCUGCCCUGGGUACCCCAUCCAACUGAAGUGGUCCCUGGAGGAGCCGAAUAUCACCCAGACCACCCAGACCACCCUGACCACCAUGGCCAUCUCCACCCAGAGCCAGCUCAUGUUCCAGGCGCAGUGGACCCACCACAGGAUGAACCUGACCUGCCAGCUUUGGAAUAACACUGACGGGUGGAUACUCUCUGAGGAAAUGGUGCAGCUAGAUGUGAAGCACCGUCCACAGAUCAAGAUCAGUCCCAGAGAAGCCACUGUCAAGGAGGGAGAAAACGUGACCCUGAUGUGCCACAUCAUCAGCAGCCACCCAGAGAGCCGAGGUGUAUCCUGGCAUAAGGACGGGAGCCCACUGUGGCAGAAGGAGUACAACCUAACUCUGUCCAUCGUGACCAGGAAGGAGAGUGGGAAGUACCACUGUGAGGCCCACAAUGCUCUGGGUCCAGGGAAGUCAGAAGAAGUGGUCCUCCAAGUGCAGUAUGCUCCAGAACCUUCCAAGGUUCAGAUCCUCACCUUGCCAGCCAAAGAGGGAAAUUCAGUGGAGAUGACCUGUAUAUCGUUAGCCUUUCCUCCUCCAACAAAUUACACCUGGUAUCACAAUGAGGAGGAAGUGCUGGGCAUGACAGGAAAGAACUUCCAGAUCCCAGAGGUCCUCCUCGAGCAUGCCGGGCAUUAUGCCUGCCUGGCACAGAACAGUCUUGGCUCUGGACAGGUUGGUCAGGAAGCUGAGUUGGACGUACAAUAUUCCCCAAAGGGGGUGACCACGGUGAUUCAAAACCCCACACCAAUUCAAGAAGGACAAGCAGUGACCCUGUCCUGUAAAUACAAUUCCAGUAACCCUGCAGUUAACAGAUAUGAAUGGAGCCCUCGAGUCUCCCGGGAUGAGCCACCCUCUGGGGUGCUGAUGAUUCCGAAAGUUGCCUGGAAUGCCCAGCCAAUCGCCUGCGCAGCCUGUAACCGGUGGUGUACGUGGGCUGCCUCUGUCAACCUGGAUGUCCAGUAUGCCCCCAGGGAUGUCAGGGUCCUGCAGAUCAGCCCCCAUCUUGAGAUUCACUCUGGGCACCGGGUCCUCCUCCGAUGUGACUUCUCAAGCAGCCGCCCCAAAGAAGUCCGCUUCUUCUGGAAGAAAAAUGGAAGCCUGCUGGAGGAAGGGAGAGAACUGAGCUUUGCCUCCAUCUCCCCAGAAGAUGCUGGCGAUUACAGCUGCUCGGUCAGCAACUCCAUAGGGCAGACCACGUCUGAGGCCCGGAGGCUCCACGUGCUGUAUGCACCCAGGGAGCUGCGUGUGUCCAUUGCCCCGAGAGCCGGCGUGGUGGAGGGCGAGAAGGCAGCCCUGGUGUGUCAGAGUGACGCCAACCCUCCCGUCUUCCGGUACACCUGGUUUGACUGGAACAACCAAGACCUGCACCACUCGGCUCAGACACUGAGACUGGAGCCCGUGCAGAUCCAGCACUCGGGUGCUUAUCGGUGCCAGGCCACCAACCAGCUGGGCACAGGCGACUCGGCCCCCAGCACCCUCACCGUCUACUACAGCCCCGAGACCAUCGGCAGGCGAGCGGCCGUGGGGAUCGGGAUCUGCCUGGCCAUCCUCAUCCUGGCCAUCUGGGGGGCCAAGCUUCGCCGAAGCUGGAAGAGGAUUCGGGACCAGCAGGGGCUUCAGGAAAAUUCCAGUGGGCAGAGCUUCUUUGUGAGGAACAAAAAGAUUAGAAGGACGCCCCUCACGGACGGCCCCCACGCCCUGGGAUGUCACAAUCCAGUAAUGGAAGAUGGCGUUAGCUAUGCUGUCCUGAACUUCCCCGUCGGCAGCACGGACACAGCAGGAGCUGGGGGUGCAGGGACCGCAGCCAGUUUCCCAAACAGGGAUGACACGGUCACUUAUUCUGUGGUACAGAAGCGUCACGUGGGCGACUAUGAGAACGUGACUCCAGAGUUUCCAGACGACGAGGGGAUACAUUACUCGGAGCUGAUUCAGUUUGGUGCUGGGACUCGGCCUCUGAUCCAAGAAGAAGUAGACUAUGCGACCCUCAAGCACUGAGGAGCAGAAUCGGCUGUGGUGGGGGUGCCCGAGGCAUUUCUGGAGCUCCUGGAACCCUCAGCCGCACAGCUGAUCAGUUACUCAAUUACCGCCACCCCAGUUGGCGCAGAGAACCCUGUGCGUGUGCCAGAGCCAGACUGCCUCUCAGCAUGUAACCCGACUUCUGACGGGCUUGCCCCUGGUCCAUCUCCUCUCUCCUUCCCACCCAGAAACUCAUCAAAACACCUGCCCUGGGCACUACAGCUCCCUUUGUCCCUCCCCAGCCCCCCGCCACCAUGUGUUCCCCCAACCCUGUCCCCAGCUGGCUGUGUACAAGCUCGGGCUAGCCAUGUCACUAUUCUUUCUUCUUCCCCCUUUCCUCAUCCCUUUGACCCCCAGCCCUGCUCGGAAUCGCCAUUCACAAAUCAUAUGCCCUAUUUCUGCCUCUGUGAUAAAGCCCAGGGGAAGAGGGAACAAAGUGAGGUAGAAAGAGGCACUGGUUUCUCCUGCUGGUUUCUCCUCUAGAAACAAGUCUACGUGUAAGCUGGGCAUUCCAGGGACAGGAUCUGCAGCCCCACCCUCAGGGGUCUUGUCAUCUGAGACAGAGAGCUGCAAAAUAAAAUGGCUCAGCUACA